ACGUGUUGGCGGACCGCACAAUUUUCAUUCCAGGCCACGCUCUGUUUUCCUUUGGCUUCCGCUCGUCUAUUGCUACGUGCGUGUUCUCAUCCUUUUGUUCCGUUGUAGUGCGUGCGUUUGGCAGCAGACGGUUUUCUUGGGAAAAGACCGGCUUUGUGAGAAAACUCGGUUUUCCCCGAAGUUGCGCGUGAAAAUACAUCCAAAAAUCGCAGAAGAGAAACGGAGGUUUCACGAAAUCCCCAAAAUAUAACUGAGCGUGUUGUGUAUUUUGUGAAUUGUCGACUGAUGCGACCGCUUUUUUUAUCGGGCUUUCUCCAAAAAGUUUAAUUAGUUUUGUGUUUGGUUUGCUGUAAUUAUUUCCGACAGUUUUUAUGGCUGAAAAGUUAUAAACCCUAAAAGUGCAUCUAGUUUUCCUCAAUACCAAUUUCCCGGUUAGCUGUGAUCGACCAGCAAGCUGUGCGUGUCGAUUUAUAAAGUGUAUUAAAUAGGUUUUGAGUGUUUUUUACGCCUGGUUUCUGUGGUAGCAGCUGCAACGAGGAUAGAUACGGUGGCAGAGGUGAUAGUGGAAGUGGUGAAAACAAACAUCGAAGUCGCAUAGACAGACGUUUUUACUUUCAGGAAUCGAUCAUUAAUACACACACUCAUAACCAACGUCAACAUCAUGCCUGCCGAACAGGAACGUAAUGUAAUACCCGAUCUGCCUCGUGGACCUCUGUGUACCUACCGUUCCAAGGCCAAGUUCAACUGGAAAGACUUCCGGCUAGUGUUGGAAGAUACGGAGCUGAUCAAAAUCAAAUACGAUAUAUGGCGUCGGUUAGAAUCGGAACCAUUGUUUGCUCCCGUCACCUCCACGCUCCCAGUCGAUCAACAGAAGGAACGGGCUGCUCGGCAAGUGAACCGGAUAGCGGAUCUUGAACUCGCACCCCCCGAAAUCUACUCGAAACCCUACAAAUACCGCGUACGCUAUCUGAUGAGCAUCAACGAGGCACUGCAUGCCGUAUGUCCAAGCUUGUCGGUGAAGAUAGCGCUCGGUGUGGGAUUGUUCACGAACUCGCUGCUGGCGAUGGGUACUGAGCGGCAUCAGGAUACGUACAACAAGGCAUGGAACCGGGAGAUAAUCACCUGCCUGGCAAUCACGGAGGUGUCGCACGGUAGCAACACGAAACGGUGCCGUACGACGGCAACAUACGAUCCGGAGACGCAAGAGUUCAUCAUCCAUACUCCCGACUUUGAGGCGGCAAAGUGUUGGGUCGGUAAUCUCGGUAAGACGGCAUCGGUGGCACUAAUGUUUGCCAUUCUCUAUACGGCCGACGGCCAGAACCAUGGUCUGCAAGGGUUCCUGGUACCGAUUAGGGAUCCUAAAACGCUGUUACCCUAUCCGGGAGUGACAGUUGGUGAUAUUGGUGAGAAGAUCGGACUGAAUGGGAUCGAUAAUGGAUUCGUUAUGUUCAAUCACUAUCGCAUUCCGCGUGAGAAUCUACUAAACCGUACCGGCGACGUUACACCCGAGGGUGUAUACGAGAGUACGUUCAGUGAGCCGGGCAAAAUUCUCGGUGCCGUGCUGGAAUCUUUCUCCGCCGGGCGGCUCGGUAUAAUGCAGGAAUCAUCGAACACACUGUCGCAUGCGGCCGUCAUUGCUGUGCGGUAUGCGGCACUAAGAAAACAGUUUGGAACCGAUCGGGAUGGGCCGGAACAAUCGAUAAUCGAAUAUCAGUUGCAUCAAUGGCGUAUAUUCCCGUACUUGGCGGCCGCGUGUGUACUGAAAGUGUCCGUAUUCGCAAUGACGGAGACGUAUCUGGAAACUGUGCAGAAAUCCCAAGCCGAAUCGAAUGGGUUCGAGCUGCUGACGCAGAUCGUAUCGGAAGUGCACGCACUAGUCUCCUCUUCUAAGCCACUAGUCACCUGGACGGCACGUGAUGCGAUACAGGAAUCGCGAGAAGCUUGCGGUGGACAUGGAUAUCUGCGUUCGGCGAAUCUUGGGGAGCUGCGCAACAAUCACGAUCCGAGCUGUACGUACGAGGGCGACAACAAUGUGCUCGGUCAGCAGGCAUCCAACUGGCUCGUCCGCCAGUGGAAGAACGUGAAAGUGGAAAGUCCCGUCGGUACGGCGUCGUUCAUUGAACGGCGUGAUAAAAUCUUGCGGAUGAACUUUGAAUCGCUGCAGCGAUCGGGCGUACCGGUGGAGAGCUCGGAAUUCAUCACGCACUGCUACGAGUGGCUUAUGUGUUGGUUGCUGCAGGAAAGUGUGGCCCAGAUGGACAAGGCAAGUAGCCAGGGUAUCGAUACAUUUACCUCGCGAAACAAUUGCCAGGUGUAUCGAGCACGGGAUCUAAGCCGUGCUUAUGCCGAGUAUUACGCACUCAGAAGCUUCUGGACACGAUGUGCUCGGGACGAUGUGUCGGAAUCGUUGCGGCCCGUUCUGUUCAAUGUGUACCUUCUGUACGGAACCUGGUGUCUAGAUCGGCACAUGAGUACGUUCUACACCGGAUCGUUUGCCAACGGAUCCGCCUUUGCCGAUGCCGUACGGGGAGUACUGCUUAAAGUAUGCGGUUUGUUGAAGGAUUCGGCCGUAGCGAUCGCAGAUGCACUUGCCCCACCCGACUGGGUACUCAACUCUGUGAUCGCCAAAUCGGACGGUCGACUGUACGAGAACAUUCAGUCCGUGUUCAUGACGAAUCCGGGUGCGAUGGAGAGGGCUGCAUGGUGGAAGGAUAUCAUACCGACCAAGCUGCGUAGCAGACUGUAAAUUGCACUGAAAAGCGAGACCAUGUGGGUAAUAGGGCAUUCCCUUAGAAAAGGGUAUUUUACGGGUUUUUAAAAUAUUUUGUUAACAAAUAACAUCUGUUCCGUUGAUCACGCUUUUCUGCGCAAUGAAGAAGAUAUCACGAUACCAAUGGUCGACAGCGUAGCUUAGUCUUGAAGUGGCCAGGGCGCGCUGGUCGAUGUAAAUGUUUCCUUGUUAACCGUUCAAAGUGUCUACAGUGUCUACGAAUUAUAUGUAUUAGCUGUGUCGGAAAUGCUUUGUAGCGUUUCGUAUUGGCCAUAGGGGUUAAACACAUUAAGGCAUUAUAUGUUUCUCGUUUAUAUCACGGUCUACAGUCACGUUAUACGGUAUUAUUCCAAAAUCCAUCCAUUUUAAGGAUUGCUUCUUGUUGUUUUUCCAACUAAAUUUCAAUCUCAUCCUUGGAUGAUCUUUAUUUUAUAUAUAUAUUUUUUAUCUUUCGUUCAUGAAAACGCAAUCUCUUUCAUUAGCUUCCUCUGUUUAACUUGCUCAUUUGCAAUCAGGAAGCGGCAGGUGUAGUAACGUAAGUUGCGUGCCAGUUACGACUUGUGCACAUCGACAGGACAAAUCAAUUUGUGACGUGAAAAAUGUGUCUUAUCUAUACAUACCUUUACUACUACCACCUUAAUGACGAUGUUUAGUCCGAAAGCAACCUAGCUAGCCAGCAAUCCAAUGUUUGGGGGGCAAAUGUAGGAAACAGGUCUUAUUGAACGAAAUGAAGAUGAUCUAGUACAUAAACGUAAACGGUUACUCGUGUAGAAACUGUAUAGUAUUUUAUUAGGUGUUUUGUUAAUAAUAGCAAAAGAGAACUCUAGUGCUAGGUAGUACUUUGAUCAGUAGAAAAACACUACGAAUUUGGAAACGAAUAAGUUGCAACAAAACGAUGAUCAUCUGUACUGAUCGUCAUGUAUUAUGCCCCUUUCCAGUGUCGCCUUAUUGUUCGAUAUCAGAUGUCGUACUGCUCAUCGGUACUCGUUAGUCGUUGUAUGUUAUUUAGGCCGCGGCUAGGACUUAGUACUUAGUAUUUUCGUUUUCCUGUUUACAAGUCCGUAUCGAUCGUAUCGAACAAGCACCAAACCGUUCCCCUCCCCUUAAAGUCUUCGCCCACCGAGGUAACCGAAAUGCAAAGCAUGCAAUACACGUGGAAUCAAGAAUUCCUUAAAGUAGCAGAAUUGUAAAACGAUUCUUUUCCAUCAUAUAAGCGGUAAUUGUACUGUCCUGAUCGCCUUCCUGUUGAGUGUUCAAGCACCUUAACCCGCGAUGGUGUGUUCAUUCGUUUGUUCGUUGUCAUUUGUCACCGCGAAUAUGCACUUUCGACUCUUGUUGUUAGAAAUAGAAGAAAGAAAUAAUGGCACGACUGUUGGAUCAUUGUGCUGCACGAGGAAAUGUAGUCGAUGAAAUUAGAGAAUCUAUAGAAAAUCAAUGUUCAUAUACACCAUUUCGUUUCCAUAACACAAACAAUGGAAAAUGAAUAGGCACGUUGCGCACUCAUUCAGUCGAGUCCGUUUGCGGAUAGAGAUAUU